CCCCCACAGUAAAAUCUAGAGCCGGCAAAAUGGUUGAAUGGACAGACUUCGAGCGCGCCACCAUCCAGGACAUCUUCUCCAAGAUGGACUAUGAGACGGUGGGACCUGCAGCUCUUGCCAGGUGUCUGGUCGUCUACCCCUGGACUCAGAGGUAUUUCGGCAACUUUGGAAACCUCUACAACGCCGCUGCUAUCAGCUCAAACCCGAUGGUUGCAACUCACGGAAAAACCAUCCUCCACGGUCUGGACCGGGCUGUGAAGAACAUGGACAACAUUAAGGAAACCUAUGCCGAGCUGAGUGUGCUGCACUCCGAGAAACUGCACGUCGAUCCCGACAAUUUCAAGCUGCUGUCUGACUGCCUGACCAUUGUGGUUGCUGCUAAGCUGGGUAAAGAUUUCACCGGAGACAUCCAGGGAGCCUUUCAGAAGUUCUUGUCCGUGGUGGUGUCCUCCCUGGGCAGGCAGUACCACUAG